AUGGUUGCAGCAAAACACAAACCACCGAAGAAGAAGAAGAAAUCAUAUACAAAUCAAAACAAUCUCUUUGCAUUAAUCUCCAAAGUAACACAAACCGCACAAUCCUUUCUCUCUCAAAAUGACCUUACACUUCUCCCUUCACAAUCUCUCAUUCUCGAUUCCUUAAUCUCUUCAACUUCUCACUCUCUUUCUCUUCUUCUCAAACCCUCACACCCCCUUUUUCUUACCUCCACCCCCCAACACAAUUCCUGGUUCCACCGCUUCAUUUCCUCCACCUCCGUCUCCGAUUCACGAUGGCUCGACGCUUUCCGCAUGUCAAAUCCAUCUUUUUUCCAUCUCCUCGAUCUUCUCUCCCCUUCACUCACUUCUUCAAUUCCAAACAUUUCCCCUGAUUUUGCCCUAGCCGCUGCCAUUUUCCGAUUAGCUCAUGGCGCCGGGUACUCCUCCGUUGCACGGAGAUUCGGAAUCUCUCCUUCCGAUGCUUGUCGCGCCUUUUUCGUUGUUUGCAAAGCUGUUAAUGAUAAUUUAGGGAAUUUGUUCGAGCUUCGUACUGAUUCGGAUAGGGUUGUUGUGGGUUUUGGUUUUAAUUCACUUCCCAAUUGUUUUGGGGUUUUGGGUUUGGCUGGUUUUGAAAUUGAAGAUGAAAGUUUGAGUAAAAAUCGUUUUUUGAUGGUUCAAGCAUUGGUUGAUUCUGAAGGUAGAUUCUUAGAUGUUUCAGCUGGGUGGCCGAAUUCGAUAAAACCCGAAACAAUUUUGCAUGAGAGUAAGCUUUAUCAUGAUAUUGAAAAAUCAAAGGAAUUGUUACAAGGACCAUCUUAUAAGCUAAAUGAUGGUAGUUUGAUUCCUCAGUAUAUUUUGGGAGAUUCAUGUUUUCCUCUUUUGCCUUGGCUUUUAACACCUUAUAAUAGAGUGAAUGAAGAAGAUAGUUUUAGUUCAACUGAAAACGCGUUUAAUUGUGCUCAUAAUCGUGCAAUGGGGUUGUUUGGCGAUGCUUUUGGGCGGCUUCGUACUAGGUGGCAGCUUCUGUCGGAUUCAAGGAAGUGGAAAAGAGAGUGUGUUGAGUAUUUGCCGUUUGUUGUUGUUACUGGUUGUUUGUUGCAUAAUUUUCUUAUUAGAUGUAAUGAUCCAUUGUUAAGAGAUAAAGGUGUGAGUUGUGUGGAAAAGGAAGGGGAUGAUGGUCUUGCUUCUGAGGGAGUGGUUGAUGAGAGUGCGGCGAGGAUAAGGGAUGCACUUGCUUUGCAUUUGAGUAAGGUGAGCCUCAGAAGAUGA